GUCGGCAGCGGGAGGAGUUCCGAGCUGAGAGCUUGGGGAACCCUACUCUAAAAGGGGACUAGGGAGUCUGUGGCUUGGGGACGGGGAGUCUUGGGAGAGUGACUUGGGUUGGUCGGAGUUUAAUGCGGACCGGGGUUCCUGGGCACAUCCCUGCUGGCACAGACACACGAGAUGCCACCCUCGCCAAGGAAAUCGAUCAAGGAGCGCGAGCUGUUCUCCUUAACCUCAUCUCUACCAUGCGGCUCGUGGCUGAAGGUAGUGCUGUGCAGCCACAUGCGCUAUCUAUGGAUGGUGCUCAUGGCCCUCACUGUGCUCUGUGUGGCCAUACAGAUCCUAGGAGUCGUCUGGCAAUCCAGGAACGAUAAGAUGUUAAGCGAGAAGCUCCUGAAUGUGCAAUUCACCAUCAAGAUCCAGAGAACGCUCCCGACGGAGCAGAGGGACUGGGUACGCUUGCGCUCUUCGCACACCCCUGUCGUAGAAGAGGAAGUGAGGUCACAGGAGGAAGGAGCUCCUAAACAACGGGCCAAAGGGAACCAGAAGGCAGCAGAACAUCAACAUGGCAUAGAUGAGACAGGGGUGGAGAGGAGAGUCCAGGAGCAUCACCAACACCUACAGCUCUCAAACACUGUCAAUAAGGUCAAAUACUCUAGGAAAGAGGCAAGGGGGAAAGUUUCAGCAGUAAAGGCAACCCUGCCCAAAGUUACACUGGGUAAUGAUAAGUUGCAUUUGGGGGUUCCUGGGUCUGUGGUUCUCCAGCUGGGCCACCCAGCUAUCAGAGCAGUAUCCACCCUGCCUCACAAACCUCCCCAGCUCCCCUCAACCAAUCAGCUGAAGAGUAGAAACAGCCCUGCCACUUUAGGCACCAACUCUGUAGUUGCCGGGGUGAUAAGCGAUUUAAAUCCGGAAGUCGCCACCGCCACCUGUCGGCCGAAGAACCAUAUCGUCUUUCUCAAGACGCACAAAACGGCCAGCAGCACCAUCCUGAACAUCUUAUAUCGCUAUGGCGACAGCCGCAAUCUGACCUUCGCCCUUCCGCUGAACAAGCACAGCCAGCUAUUCUAUCCCUUCUUCUUCGCCUCACACUUUGUGGAGGGAGUGAGGAGCCGCAGUGUCAAAGAGUUCCACAUUAUGUGCAACCACAUGAGGUUCAGACCACCAGAGGUGAGGAAGGUGAUGCCCAAGGACACGUUUUACUUCUCCAUCCUGAAGAACCCCGUUGCGAUGAUGGAGUCCAUCUUCACCUACUACAAGAGCAUCCCCGCCUUCCACAAGGCCCACAGCCUGGACGACUUCCUUGACAAUGGUUGGCGUGAUUACAACACGUCCCUGCCCAACAACCAUUACGCCCGUAACAUCCUGACCUUUGACUUUGGCUUCGACAACAACGUCGCCACAGAGACGCCCGGAGACCUGGAGACGCGGGCCGCCACAGCCAUUGGCGCCAUUGAGCAGGACUUCCACCUCAUCCUCAUCUCAGAGUACUUUGACGAGUCCAUGAUCCUGCUCAAGCGCGCCCUCUGCUGGUCUCUGGAUGACGUCGUCUCCUUCAAGUUGAACAGCAGGAGCGAGCGCGCACGUCACAUGCUCUCCCCGCACACUGCCGACAAGAUCAGAGCCUGGAACGGCCUUGACUGGCGGCUUUACCUGCACUUUAACUCCACCUUCUGGCGACACGUGGACACUACGGUGGGGCGUGAGGAGAUGAGGCGGGAGGUGACUCGGCUGCAGGAGCGACGUGCCGAGCUAGCCAAAACCUGCCUGAAGGAUGGUGGUGCAGUGGACCCGUCGCAGGUGAAGGACGCCGGGCUGAAGCCCUUCCAGUACGGGGCAGCCAUAAUCCAGGGCUACAACCUGAACCCUGGGCUGGACGGGCCCACCAAAACACGCUGUCAGAACCUGGUCACUCCUGAGCUGCAGUACACAGACACUCUCUACACCAAGCAGUUCCCUGAGCUUGCCGCCAGGCAGAGACAGGCCGCCAAACUGGCUGCCUCACAGCGUCAGCCUGGUCCAGCCAAGGUCAGCCCGAACAAAGCAGCCAUGCCUGGGCCGGUGAGGGUGAGGGAGGCCCGACACAGUAGGACAGCCAGGAGUGGACCCAGAAACCCUAAUGCUCAGAACCAAAAUGACCUACCCCCAAGUGCCCUGUCUAAAAUCACUGCAGCUAGAAGUGACAGAAACAUGCCUUGAUGGGGGGGCUCUUUCAACACAGACUAUGGGACUAGUGGGAUGAUCCACAGGAGCUCAUUGCUGCUAAGUACUGUUUUUUAAGCUGAACAGCCAAUGGCUAUGUUUUGUCUGUGCAGUGAGGACGUUUCGCUGCACAUUAUGCUUACUCUGGCUGGCUGCAGUGCAUAGGACCAGUUGACUGACUUUGGCUGCACUAGGAUAAGCUCUAGUGUUUCUACCCAACGAUGCUGGACCUGUGUGGGUGGAGGGGAUGGAGUUGGGGGAGGAAGAGGAGGAAGAGUAGGAAGGAGAGGGAGAGUGCACCUGGGGUGACUAUCCUGCCUUGACUGGUUAGACUGGAAGUAGCCUUCGUGGCACACAUCUCCUAAACCCUCUCAUCUAAUCUCUCCCCUUGAUCUUGUCACACACACUGAGGUUUAGAAUUUGAACCCUUGGGGUGUACUAUAGUUUCAAUGGGACAUACUUGGUCCCAUUGAUUAAAUUGAUUGGGGUUGGGUAAGGCCUGUAGUACAGUCUGUCUGCUAACACCAAAAGACAAGCAAUACCUCCACUUUACCGUAUGUGCUCUCAUUUAGACAGGAAAUAUCUCAGGACUCAUUUCUCUGAGUUGAUCUAAACUUUACUCAGAGAUAAGGUGGCUCAAUUUGGAGGUGAAUAAAAUACAUGAUGCUAUGGUAAACAUGUAGACAUCAGAGGAGGCUGGUGGGAGGAGAACGGGCUCCUUGUAAUGGCUGGAAUGGAAUCAAUGAAAUGGUACCGAAUACAUCAAACACAUGGAAACAGCGUGUUUGACUCCGUUGCGUUGAUUCAAUUCCAGCCAUUAGAAUGAGCCCGUUCUCCUAUAGCUCCUCCCACCAGCCUCCUCUGAUAAACCCAUUUCCCUUAAACAUCUUCUUCAAGAUGUAAUAACAGAAAUACCGUUACAGAAUGUUUAACUCAAGAGCACAUCUCAGCUCUUUCGAUACCACCUAAAGAGAGCCAGAGCUUCUAACAUUCUGUAAUAAUAGAUUUGUACAUAAACUCUCAUGCAGAUAGCAGAAAGUUCCUAGAAUUUCCUCAUCCUUUUAGGUUUGUAACAGAGAGAUUCAGUUACUAAAGGUAAUUCAGUAACUGAGCGAUUCAGUUACUAAAGGUAAUUCGGUAACAGAGCGAUUCAGUUACUAAAGGUAAUUCGGUAACAGAGAGAUUCAGUUACUAAAGGUAAUUCAGUAACUGAAAGACAUUCAGUAGGCCACUGUGGAAAAAGAUUCAGUUACCAAGACGUAGCAAUGGAGCUCUCGAUUCUCACUGAGAUGGGAAACACAUUCAAAUAUUAUAUUUCUUAGAAGACCAAAUGAUUAGUCUCUUUAAAUUAAAGUGUGCUUUUAAAUCAUACUGCGCUUUAGUGUAAAUAUACAGUACCAGUCAAAGGAUUGGACACACGUACUCAUUCCAGGGUUUUUCUUUAUUUGUAUUA